GUCGAUGACUUUUGGCUUGCUUGCUGAAGUUGUGUUGCUGGGUGGAUUGCUCUGUUAUCUAGAACUCGUGAUCACCACCUUGUUGACUGAUCUUCAUCAACGGUUACAUUGUGGCAAGUCUGCUCACAGGGCUAUAACAGCAAAGCAGGACGAAUCUGCUACAGACCUACACACACACCGGAGAGACAACCAUGACCACUUGGCUAUGACUCAUCAGGAGCUAUGGUGGCUUGGCACCGGAUAACCGCCCUCUCUUCGCUGCUCCAAGUCGGUGUGUUAUUAUUGCUGUUGUCGGCUCGGAGCAGCGGGAGACCGCAGCAGAAAUGUCUCGGCGGCAAGGCUUGUCAGCCCCCGAGACCCCCCGUGGUCCUCAUUCCGGGGGAUCUGGGAAACCAGUUGGAGGCGAAGCUGGAUAAACCCAGUGUGGUCCAUUACUUCUGCUACAAGAAGACUGACUCCUUCUUCACUCUGUGGCUCAACCUGGAGCUGCUGGUCCCUGUAGCCAUAGACUGCUGGAUAGACAACAUCAGGCUGAUCUACAACAGGACCACACACAGCACCUCGUCCCCACCGGGUGUGGACAUCCGUGUCCCAGGGUUCGGAAAGACCUACUCAGUGGAGUAUCUGGACCCCAGCAAACGCAGUGUGGGCAUGUAUUUCUUUACUAUAGUUCAGGCAAUGGUAGAGUGGGGCUACACCAGAGAUGUUGAUGUCAGAGGAGCUCCCUAUGAUUGGAGGAAAGCCCCCAAUGAGAAUAAAGAGUAUUUCCUGGCGCUGCAGCAGAUGAUUGAAGAGAUGGCGGAGACGGCUGGUGGGCCCGUGGUGCUCAUCGCUCACAGUAUGGGCAACCUGUACACCUUGUACUUCCUCAACCAGCAGCCACAGGCCUGGAAAGACCGAUACAUCAAAACUUUCAUCUCUCUGGGACCACCGUGGGCUGGGGUGGCCAAGACCCUCCGUGUGCUCACCUCUGGUGACAAUAACCGCAUCCCAGUGAUCAGCCCGUUGAAGAUUCGCUCCCAACAGCGUUCUGCUGUCACCACCUCCUGGCUGCUCCCCUAUGCCCACUCCUGGCCCAAAGAUCAGGUGUUGGUGCAGACGCCCACCACCAACUACACUGUGCUGGACUACAAGCGGCUCUACUCGGACAUCGGUUUUGAGGACGGCUGGCUGAUGCGGCAGGACACGGAGUCGCUGGUGUCUGACCUCACGCCUCCCGGCGUGGCCGUGCACUGCUUGUACGGCAGCGGCAUCUCCACGCAGGAGGGCUUCCAGUACUGCGACAAGUUCCCCGACGUGGAGCCCACGGCGGUGCCCGGCGACGGGGACGGGACGGUGAACCUACAGAGCGCCAAGCAGUGUGGGCGGUGGGUGGGGAAGCAAAAACAGCCUGUGACGUUAAAGGAGCUCCGAGGGAACGAACAUGUGAACAUGCUGUUGAACUCCACGACUGUGGCUUACAUCAAGACCGUGCUGUUCUCACCGUGAUGCUGGCCGAGGCUGAUGGCCGCACACACACACACACACACACACACACACACACACACACAUCUUGUCACUUUGCUUUGGUUAACAUGUUGGAAUCUUGUAGAAAAAUUGCAGAAAUUAACUUUUAACAUUUUAUAGCUUUAAUUAUACAACUUAUGUUAACGUCAGGUUGGGUAAGGCUAAAAAUAAAGACUUUUUUUUUUAACUAGUCUCAGCUUUUAAAGAGCCUGUCCCCACACCAACCAGGGAUAUACUGAGUGUGCCACUUCCCUCUGUUAUUAAUCAAAGUCAGAGGGUUUUAUUGUUGCGAAAGAGAUUUCUGAACUCCUCUGACUCUAAUGUUGUUAGGCUUGAUGGUAAAGCACAUACUGUUUUUGUAUCUUUCUCAGUGCAACAGGUAACGUUUCAGUGCUUGUAGUAGACUUUGUGCUUAUGAGUCGUGUGCAGAAGGACUGGAGCCAUGUCUUGGAUAUGGAAGUUUAAGUCACGUUGAAGCCACUCAAAGGUCAAACACGAUGAUUAAACAGUUUUAGACAAAAAUAAAUCUUAACUCAAAGUCCACUUAGUGGCUUAAUCAAGACUCGGCUCCUUCCAGAGUUUGCUCUAUUCUUUGAGGAAUGCAUGUUAUUUGUUUAAGAUUAUAUUUGGAGCUUUUGCCUUUUUUUUAUAAGAUAAUGUAGCCAAAGAUAGAGGAAAUGGGGGAGAGAGACUCGACCUUUGUACAUGAGGCGCCCCAAUGAUGGAAUUUCUAAGUUUAUUCAAAUUAAAUUCAUUUCAAAUUCUGAUCCUGAUUUCUUUCUUAUUGGCGGUACCAGGUAGAGCCCGGCUUUUUAUUGGAAUCAGUAUCUUAGUAUUUGUGCAUAAUUUAAGUGCUAGUUAUAUUACCUGCUAUGACAUUACCCUCUUUCUCUUCACUUUCCAUGUUCUGUACAUGUUGUGCCCUGGUUUGGUUUGAACCAGAAUUCUCCACAUGAUGGAUUUACACAGGUACGGAUGAGGGGACUUUUAUUGUUUUAUGGUAUAAAUAGGAUCUUUGCUUUACUGUUUUGACACCAAAUGUGAAGAGUUGUGUCCUUGCGCACAUGCAGUCAGUCUCUGACCUGAGUACUGUGCCAUCCAGCCCUCUGUGGGCCAGACCAAUGAUAUACUCUUGAGUAUCAUAUCUGCUGAGAACUAUCAAAUGUGUAUCAGAAACUUGUGUUGCCUUCUAUAUAGUAAAAUAUUUCAAAUAUUA